AUGGCGGACGAAGAGGCUAAACUAAAAUGGUUCGCUAUUCAGUCUCGUUUUGCUCUAUUUUUCAUGCAAUUUAUUUUCAAUAACUGUGUACCAGACCACCAGCCUGAUGUUUUCAAUCCACCCAUCACAGACAAAGACACCUGGAACUUUGUGGACAGUACUGUUAGCACACUUUUCGCGGGAUUCGUGCGUUGGGAUGGUGUCUAUUUCUUACACAUAUCACAACAUGGCUACACGUAUGAAAACUGUUUGGCAUUCUUUCCUUUGUACCCGAUGUUGGUCAGGUUUUUGGGUAACAGUGUGUUUCUACCUCUGCAAGUAUUGAUGACAUACAGAUCGGUAUUAAUAAUCUCAGCAUUGGUAUUAAACUACUUUUUAUUUGUGAAAACAGCAGUUAUUCUGUACAGAUUUGGACGAGACAUUUUAAACAAUGAUUUGCUUGCAUAUAAAGCUGCUCUUUUGUUUUGCAUCAACCCAGCAAGUAUUUUCAUGUCAGCACCGUAUUCUGAAAUUCUCUUUUUAUACCUAAUACUAAAUGGAAUGCACAAGUUUGAAAGAAAUUCAAAAGUUCCUGCAUCAUUUUUAUUUGGAUUAAGUGCAUUUGCACGUUCAAAUGGAAUUCUUUAUCUUGGUCUUAUUAUACACAGAAAAUGCAAAGAUUCUGUCCAACUGUUAAAAGUUCUUUACCCCAUGAUAAGGGCUGAUAAGUGGUCAGUUCCCACUGCAUUGUGGUCAAUGGUCUGGAUUAUCAUAUUACCACUUCUCAUUUACACAACGUUAUGUGUUUCACCGUUCAUUGUGUUCCAGUAUUUUGCAUAUCAAUGGUUUUGCAAAGAGACUCCUUCAGGCAUGCAUAAACUAAUAUUUAAUUAUGGAAUAAGUCGGGGAUAUACUAUUCAGGCUUAUAAUUCAACAGUUUGGUGCAAUAUCCAUCUUCCACGUGCAUAUUCUCAUAUUCAGAAAAAUCACUGGAAUGUAGGCUUCAUGAACUAUUACCAGUUCAAACAAAUUCCUAAUUUCUUGCUGGCUACACCAGUGACACUGCUAAGCCUUUCUGUAAUCAUUUACUACCUCUGGCUGAAUUGGAAGACUGUGUGUAUGCUUGACCUAAUGGAGGAUUUCGAAGAAUUUAAAAAGAAAGACAUCGUUAAACAAACAGAUAGAGAAUUCAGAAACAAGAGACUACUGCCUUAUAUAGUACAUCUUCUCUUCCUGGUAGUAUUUGGUUGGCUUUUUACUCACAUACAGAUCUUAACAAGGAUGCUGUUCUCAUCAUCGCCUGUGUUGUAUUGGUAUGCUGCUCGACUUAUCACCAAGGAAACCACAGAAACCUCAAGGCCAGAGUUUAAUAAAUGGGACGUCAUCAGAAACUACCGACAAAAAGACAUUCCAAUAUUAGACGGUUCUAAAAGGAACAUGCUUGUAGAUCAAAUUUUAAGCCAUGGACAAAGUUUUAAAACAAGACUGAUUUUUAUUUAUUUCAUUGGCUAUUUUGUUAUAGGAACUUUUCUCUUUAGUAAUUUUCUACCAUGGACAUGAUUAGAGGGUAUCUAGUUCAGAAAUCCUAUAUAUAGUUUUAAGGUCACUUGACCAUAAGUCAUUAUGACCUAUAGCGAUUGUUCUUCCUCCAUCAUUGUGCAUAACGAUUUUCUUGAGAACACGAUAAUUUAAGUAAAUAUGCUUAAAUUUUUAUGAAUCUUGGAAUUGAGACAAAUUUGAUCGUAACAUACAGAAUAAUGGCCCUUUUGCAGUUUUAUUUCCAUUUGUGAACAUGAUAUUUUGAGUAAACAUGAAUGGAUUUUGAUGAAACAUAAGAUCUCAGAUGAGUUUGAUAAUGGGACCAAUUCAAAUGUAACUUGCAAAAUGAUUUGCCUUUCCAAUUUUGUUAUCGUUAGACCUUGUGAUUACAAUAACUUCAGUAAAUACGAACAAAUUUUGAUCAAAUUUGUUAGGCUGCCUUAUAUUAAUAAGAUUCAGUGAAGUUUGACAAUAAAACCGAUUUGAUUGAAAUUAACAGAGUUAUGUCCCUUUACAGUUUUAAUUAUGAAGACUUUGAUGAAACUUGAUAUGCAGCCUUAUAUCAAUAUGAUUUUGGAUGAAUUUGACAAUGAGACUGAUUCAAUUAUGAUUGACAGGGUUAUGACUGUUUGUAGUUUUAUCACUGUUGAACCUUGUGAACAUAGUAACUUGAGUAGAUAAGAAUGGAUUUUGAGGAAACUUGGUAUACAGUCAUGUAUCAUGAUGAGUUUAAAAAUGGGACUGCUUCAAUUUGUUUUACUGUGUUAAAGUUUAAGUUUGAGAAUAGUCAGGUAACGGUUUAGACCAAUGGGCCUCUUGUUCUUUAUUCAAGAUUAUAGUAGAAAUAUAGACAGAAAAAGACCAAUUUCAAAAUAAAUUUAGGAUUAUUGUUUUGACACAGUCCCACUUAGAUAAAAACAAAAUAAUUGUAAUUCAAAUUACAUACCUUGUGUGUCUAUAUGUAAACUUCACAACUUUGGUGAAAGACUGUCCUGGACAUUUAAAUCAGAAAUAAGGUCAUAGAUCCCAUUUUGUCUUAUAUCUCUUCAUUCUUAUUUGUAAUAUUAAACAGCUUUGAAUGUUUUUGAAUGGUUGAAUAA